GUUUGAAUCCAUCGUUUCCUCUCCAGCCAAUCAUGGUUUCUGUUGCCACGUAACAGGCUAAAGUUGGAGUAUAAAAAGCUGCGCGCAAAUAAAUUAUGACGCCCGUCAGCGCUGCUCAUUUUCCCACGCAGCUCCGAGGCGCAUCACGUCGCAGCGGAUCUUUUCCUUCUCGUUCACCUGAAGCCGAGCAGCAGAGACCAUGCACCUGUCCCGGACUGCGCUGUGCCUCAGCCUGCUGGCUGUUCUGGGUCCUGUUGUUCUGAGCGAGCCAGACCCACAGCCGGCCGCCGCCACCAACCCCACGGACACGGAGCAGUGCCUCACCUGCGAGGUGCGGCAGCACAUGAAGACCAUGCGGAUCAACGCCAUCAAGUCGCAGAUUCUGAGCAAACUGCGCAUGAAGGAGGCGCCCAACAUCAGCCGGGACGCGGUGCAGCUGCUGCUGCCCAAGGCGCCGCCGCUGCAGCAGCUGCUGGACCAGUACGACGUGCUGGGAGACGACAGCCGGGAUCUGGUACCGGAGGACGACGAGCACGCGACCACUGAGACUCUGAUGAUCAUGGCCACUGAGCCCGACCCGGCGGUCCAGGAGGACGGGGAACCGACGUGCUGCUUCUUCUCCUUCACGCAGAAGCUGCAGGCCACGCCGAUCGUGCGCGCGCAGCUGUGGGUGCACAUGCGCCCCGCGGCCGAGGCGACCACCGUGUUCCUGCAGAUCUCCCGCCUCAUGCCGGCCACGGACGGCGGCAGGAGGCACGUCCGGAUCCGCUCCCUGAAGAUCGACGUGAACGCCGGGGUGAGCUCGUGGCAGAGCAUCGACGUGAAGCAGGUGGUGGCGGUGUGGCUGCGGCAGCCGGAGACCAACUGGGGCAUCGAGAUCAAGGCCUUCGACUCGCGGGGGAACGACCUGGCGGUGACCGCGGUGCAGGCCGGGGAGGACGGGCUGCAACCGUUCAUGGAGGUGAAGGUGUCUGAGGGCCCCCGGCGGGCCCGGAGAGACUCUGGUCUGGACUGUGAUGAGAACUCGCUGGAGUCCCGCUGCUGCCACUACCCGCUCACCGUGGACUUUGAGGACUUUGGCUGGGACUGGAUUAUCGCCCCAAAGCGCUACAAGGCUAACUACUGCUCCGGGGAGUGUGAGUACAUGUACCUGCAGAAGUACCCGCACACCCACCUGGUGAACAAUGCCAACCCCCGGGGGUCCGCGGGCCCCUGCUGCACCCCCUCUAAGAUGUCCCCCAUCAACAUGCUCUACUUCAACGACAAGGAGCAGAUCAUCUACGGUAAGAUCCCGUUCAUGGUGGUGGACCGCUGCGGCUGCUCCUGAGCCCGGGCGCCGCGCCUCAACCCUUCAGACUCCAGCCCGAUCCGACGCUUUCCUGCAGCCACCUGAGGCCACAAGCAGCCCGGCUCCCUGCAGGGCGGCGCUUUCACCACCAGCAUACUGUAGCUUUCUUUCUUCCAGUGAAACUUUAGCCGUCCCGGCUCGAAGCCAGACGGGCGCGAGAACAGAACAACGCCUGAUGGACCGUGAAGUGAAUGUUGGCAGAAAUGAUCCAAGUUAAAACAAAAACAUUUAUUCUCCCCC